AUGGCGAAAUCUAGCGGUGUUUUUGAUAAGGCUAAGAAAAGAAAGCAACCCUCGGUCGUUGUCCACCAUCCCGAACGUAACCCCGAUGCCUCCGCCGACCAUGAACCGUCGUCAUCGAAGCGCCAGAAAAUCUCGCGUCCAGAAGAAGGAGAAGAAGAGGAUGGCGAGCUAGAUACCACACGGCCAUCCGCCGUCUACAAACCCGCGGGUGGCAGAGACUGGACACUGUCGAUCGCGCUCCCCGGCAGCUUCAUUGCGAACACGAAGAACUUCGACCAGAAGACGGACCUCGCAGCACGCAUCGCCCGCGCCGCCGCCGUCUUUUGCGUGGACGAGAUCGUAAUCUUUGACGACGAGCCGGAGACGGUGCCGCCGAACCUGCAGUGGGCGGCCAAGGGCAAGGGGAAGAACGCGAAGAAGAAGACGAAGAAGGAGGUGCUGCAGGAGGUUACGGAAGAUAACGAGGCCUGGGACAACCCGGAUCAGUUCCUGUACCACGUGCUCAGCUACCUGGAGUGUCCGGGGCACUUGCGCCAGGCGCUGUUCCCGCAGCAUGCGAAUCUCAAGGGCGCGGGCAAGAUGCCGACGCUGGACAUGCCGCAUCAUAUGAAAAAGGAGGAAUGGAUGCAGUAUCGUGAAGGGGUGGCGUUGGACCCCCAGCAGUAUGCGGGAGGGAAGAGGGGCGCAAGUGGAGAUUCGUCGUCGCUCGUGGAAUGUGGUCUCUCAUAUCCUGUCAGAUUGGACAUGAAGAUACCGCCAGGCCAGCGCGUCACGAUCAAGUUCAACACUGCCGAUCCGCCACCAUCGUGGCCGCACUUGUCAGAAAAACAGAUCGCGGCGUUGGAGCCUCAACCCGUGGCGGCCAGCCUUCCGCGCGAAGAAGCUGGGUACUAUUGGGGAUACCAGCCGAGGCUCGUAGAUAGCCUCUCUAACGUCCUGGUGGAGUGCCCGUUCGAAGGUGGUUACGACUACGUGAUUGGGACGAGCGAACGCGGCGUCCCGCUCUCUCAAGUUCUGCCCGAUGCCACUAAGCCGGGAAAGAGCUCACGACGAACGUCAUCAUCCGCCUCCGCAGGCGGACCCAACAAAGUCCCCUCUCAGUUCAAGCACCUCCUCCUCGUAUUCGGCGGCGUGACUGGCCUUGAGCCCGCCGUCGCCAACGACCCCGAGUUUAGAUCGAAAGGCCUGACCAAGGAGACGGCACACACAGUGUUCGACGCGUGGGUGAACUUGGUGCCGAAUCAAGGGAGCAGAACUAUCAGGUUGGAGGAGGCCGUUUGGUUGGGUCUGAUGGGAUUCAGGGGAUACGUCGAGUCGCAGAAUUCGGAGUGAGGGAGGAGAAGUUAAGAAAGUCAAAAUCGUCGAGAUUCGCUGACGUUUUCUUUGGUAAUCGCCUUGAAUCACCUGCUCGUGCUUUGAAAAAGGAAGUAAGGACAGAAGCAAUGGAGCUUCAUGUGAAUCGCUCUAUACCCCCGUUUCGUAGGUAGAAGAUCUUACCUAUUUUUACUUGAGUAUCACAACUUAAGAAACG